ACGCUAGCCUCCUUUCCCAGGCGGCGCCUGCAGGGGCUGUGCGAGCUGACUGUUGCCCUAACCCGGCCCGAGCUGCUGUCCCGCGCUUCCGCUCGCAGUCAGGAGUGCUGGGUGAGGUGGGGCGUCGUGCAGCAUGUCACUGCAUACCUGGGACUGGGAGGAUGAGGACACAGCGAGCAUGGGGCUGACGUCCUCCCUGGGCAGCUUUUGCCAGUCCAUAAGCGAAUGCGAUGUGGAGGAGUACCUGAAGGCCAGGGACCAGGCUCCCGAGUCGGAUUCCGACCGCCAGUACAGCAGCAUCGCGUCCUCAGAUGGGCCUGCCAGCACUUUCAACUCCGACACGCCCCAGGCCGUCCCUUGCACAUUCAUCAUCUCACUGGCCUUCCCAGGGAAUACGGGUCAUAAAGGAAAGUAUAUAAAUUUGAUGGAAAAACAUAGGAAAUACCCCAAAAUGGACAAACCCAUUACAAAGGGUCACAAUUUUUACCACAUUGAGUAUUUCCCUCUGCCAGAUGAUAAAGAGCCUAAGAAAGUUGACGUGGUGGUGUUCCCAACAACCGUCAAAGUGUUCCUGGAUUCAGGAGUAAAGACUGUGAAGCCAUGGCAUGAAGGGGACAAAGUUUGGGUGUCAUGGACCCAAGCUUUUAACAUGCACGUGACAAAGGAGUUACUCAAGAAAAUGAUUUUUUACAAAAUAACCUUGAAGAUCUGGGACACUACAGACAAGAUUUCGAAAAAAGUCAAGUAUUAUCGGUUAAAGGCAGAAGGGCAUGCAGAAGAGGCAGGAUCUCCUGGUAAGUCAGAGGAAGUGAGACAUUUAGUUUUAAGUCAGAGGGAAUUGUCUGAACAAAGCGUUCAUGUCCAAAUGGAGUGCAACCAGGAGUAUACGCAAAAAAAACCAGAAAGAGUAGAGAAACCCUUCAGGUCUCUGCAUGGUUCUCACCCAGCAGAGUCUGAAGCUUCUUCCCACAAUACCAAGGAAAAUGAAAAGCUACUCAGAAUGAAAGAACUUUCCACGAUUGGAUAA